AUGCAGCUAUGGUCAGGGGACAACUUCGUGAAGUCGCUGACGCAGAAGAUCCGUCACCGAAAUGCCAGUGAGAAGUGGCUUCGUCAGAGCUGGCCGACAUGGCUUCGUGAGCAGGGGCUGUCGCAGUCAGCAGCACCGAAGGACGCUCCUGACGCAGUCAUACCGCAGCUUACCGCCCGUGAUGCACACAAUGACCGUCACUUCCAUGACUGCUGUUUGGUGGAUGCGCUGCGAGCUCUCGGCCACAAAGUGUCAUACACGCGAGAUGGACCUUUCAAGGUUCGAGAUGGCAACGCCUGGCUCGAGCCAUCUGGGCAACUCGACGACCGAUUGAAAUGGCACAGCAUGCUGCCGGCAACAUGGACGCAGUUCCUCCAGGAACCGGGAAAGUAUGUCCUGGCCUACAACCAUCAUUUCGUUGCGGCCAGGACUGAUGAGGAUGGUGCAACGUAUGUGAAUUUCAGUAACAGAACCCACAUGUGGCAUCGAUUUUUCAUCGGACAGACUGCAACGGGACAUGCGUUUGAGCAGUUUCUUCCGGGUUCUUAUCUGGUUGCCUGCCCUGCUGCGUUCGAUCUCGUCUGCAAAGUCUCGACCAUCAACCAGGAUCCUGCUUCGUCUUUGACAGUAGACAUUAAUGACACGAUGGAGUACUCCGGAGGCAAGACGUUGCUCACGUCGGCUCAGGAUGUGGUUCACUUUAUGCAAACAGCGGCGUGGGAGACUGAGUCGUUGCAUCAGCCACAGCCCACGCGGGCCAUGCUGUUAGCCGGGCAACCUCUCGCGAACUUCAUUCAGCUGGUUGAGCAGGAAGAGAGGGCUCUUGAGUCUGAUUCGGACGAUGGCUUCUGGGACAUUCGCCCUGAUUGGUACGAUCGCUGGCAGAGAAUGCGCCUCCGACGAACGGAGGAGUACACGGGCGGAGCCUUGCCAUUGGAGGUCUUGGGCUCUUUGCCUUCCUACUUCUUCUCCUACCAAUAUCUGCAGGCCUUGGCAACAGCGUCAAAAACGAUGCAUGCCGCAGUACAAAAUCACGACCAAUGGAAGGAUCGAGUGAUCCCUCUGAACAACGCUGAGUUCCAUGAUGUUCCUACGCUUCGAGCUAUGAGUGAUAUGUACAGCGCAGCACGUGCCACUAUCGUGAACGUACGACAGCUUGCCAUGUUUAUCACUGUGCCCGGCAAUGCCUAUGUGGAAUGGAGCGCUAUUGGUGUGCGGCCACAACCAGGCUCAGGGCCGGGCAGCCUUAUGGGUGGUUUUCAUUCCUCGCAGCCGCUCAUGGGAGGUGCUGCUUUUGACCUGAGCCUGCCUUCAAAAGCUAUCGGAGUAUACAUUGGUGUUCACGAACACCACGGUACCCGGCGCUCCUAUUGUCGCAUCGACAAUCUGUUUAAAGAGAGCUGUACUUUCUCCUUCGGUUUGACUGGAUCUCCUCCACAGCCGCACUUCAAGAGAAACAGGCCAGAGAUUCUUCCCAAUGUGCCAGUCCGGUAUCGUUUGCGAUGGAACGAAAGAAUCUUUUCCCUUUCCAUGAAUGGAGAGGGAGUUUCAACUGCUCGGCUUCGUGAUCAUGUUCCAGACACCGCACCUUGCCUUUCCAAGCUUUUCAUUUGGAUUUUUACAAGGCAUGCAGAACUUUUCCGCGUGAAUCCAGCAGCACUGCUUUUCUUACCGGAUCCAACGCAACGUACUGUCAUGAGUAAGCGCAGAUGGGAGAAGCUUCUGUAUCGUGGACGAGUGAUUGUUGAUUUCCUGGAACAGGAGAUGGACUACAUGCUCUUCAUGUACUUACAUGCGGAAACAAGUCAAUGUUCCAGCGUGGGUGUACUGCUUCAAGAUUUGCCUCACCCACUGACGUGCUCGCCUGAGGAGGCACAAGGGUGGCGCCGCAAGGCUCUGAGGAUCGCCCUUCGCGUACAUCUGACCUUAGCAGGGCAGGAGCGUGAUCGUUCUGAUGCGUGGCAAGAGCAAAGUGGUGGCAGUUCGCAGGAAGGGUUAGAAGGGUCAUUCUUUGCUGCUGGCUGGACGGACCCACUGCCACAAAUCGUUGGAAGAUCACUUGGAAUGUUAUCGUCCAGUGGUCCAAUUUUCGUCAUGACGAGCAAGCCAGAGCAGGACAGUCCCGACCGGGUUCUUCCAUGCACCCCGCUGCGAGAGGCCAACAAAGUGGAGAUGGAUGCACGCCUGAGCUUCCAGACAGAAGGGCACAGAUACUUCUGCGACGGUAAUCCGGUAACGGGUCUCAUACACCAAUUCUCGGAGGAGUUUGAUGCGGACGCCGCACUAAUCAAGAUGAAAUGUGGCACCAGAUGGCCGCGGCCGGAGUACAUCCGACCAGAUAUUAACCGAGAUGCGCUGCUGCUUCUCCUUCAGAGAGCUGACUGCCCGGAAACACAAGGUCUUGCGAAGUUGCUUCAAGAUUCUACUCCCGAUGCUUCAGACCUAUGUGCAGACUUGCUACGAGCGCAGAACGGCCUAGCGGAGGUUUGGACAGAAAUCCUAAGCUUGGUCACGAUGUCUGACCAGGAAAUCCUCGACUACUGGCAGACGAAGCGAGACUGCGCAGCAAAGGCUGGCACCUGGAUGCACAUCUUGUUCGAACACAUGCUCAAUGGCUUUCAUGUCGUGCCUAAGUCCAUGUCCCGAGAACUGUCCAUGGCAGUCAACUUCUUGAAAAAGUACAAGCAUUGCGUUGCCUACAGGACAGAGUGGACAGUCUAUGCCAAGGAAGAGGAUGUUGCAGGUUCCAUAGACUUCGUUCUGCAAGAUCCUGAAGAUGAUGGCUUGAUCUUGAUCGAUUGGAAGAGAAGCGAAAAGCUAGCGUCAAAGUAUGCUUCCCCGAACUGCAUGAAGCAUCCCCUCGGCGAGUUGCAAGAUGCUCAAGGCCAACACUAUCGUCUACAGCUCAACAUGUACAAAUGGAUUCUAGAGAAUCACUACUCCGUCAAGGUGAAGGAAACGGUUGUGUUCUGCGCACACCCGCAGUUUUUGCCGGAUGGUUUCACGGACAUUGUGCCGAACAUGCAAGAUCUCGUCGAUGCAGUUAUGGAGAAGAGACGCAAUGAUCUCAGCAACGAAGCCGCAGCCGGUGUCGACGGCUCAGCUGCAGUGGACAGCCAAUCUGCUUUGGCAAUGGCCGUCGAGUUUGACGUGACGACAUCUCAGCCUGCUGCUGAAGAAGCCGUGCCCGUGGUCCUGUUCGAUGCUCACGAAGGGACCAAGAAACGAAGACAAACAGAGGCUGCGCAGCAAACGGCAACAUUAUUCCGCGCUCAUUUCCACAAAGCAGCUGAUGCGAGCCGUGCCUUCAUGGAAGGCUUGCCGGGGGUGGAGCCCGGGUCGGCGCCGCGAACAGUUCUACAGCAUACGAACCAGCUGUUCCAGUAUGUUCGUUCCCUGCAGGCAGGAUGGCCGGAUCAAAUGGUCCGUCUCGCUGCUGCAGCUCUGACGGUUUACCGCACAAGAUACACAGACCUUUUCAUUCGGGAUCACGUCGCUCUCCUGUGGGUGAUGGAAGGAGGGCAUUUCCUGAGAUCGCACGGAGGUGUCUGCUACUUGUACCACGAGCACGGUGCCUUCGAAGCAUUGUCGGGUGUUCCGCCUGAGUCUACCUUUACCCGUAUCAAGCCGUUCCUGCUCGCCUUGGAAGGUAUCUUCAGACUGCUACCCUCGGACACGGAGAGGACUGACGGUGCAGUCAUAGGUGGGAUCGACGCAUGUCUGCGUGAGUUCAACAACAUCCCAGAGUACAUCAACGAAUGCAUGGACAGCUCCGUGCUCUCUCUGCACUCUGGUCGCAGCAGAGGUGGUCGUGAGCGUCAAGAGGCUGAUGGGCAAAGGCCACACGGCAGCGGGUGGCCCCUGGCCAUUGCUGAGAUGAUCUCCAAGAUUAGCGGACCUAUGCAGAAAGGUCUACUCGAAGAAAGGUCUUUGCUGCGUCUGGUCGUUGAAUGGUGCGACACUCCGUCGGAACGUGAGGCUGGCUGUGCCUUUGCAGACUGCUGCAUUCUGUACGAUCGUGGCCCGAACGAACUCUGCACUUUCGCUUUACCUUCGCCUGCAAACAAUCUCUACAUGCGGAUACCGCAUCCCCUUCGCGAUCCUGUGCUCGAAGGUGCACGCAGUCGUCUCGAGAAGUUCUACGAACAAACCUUUUGGUGCAACUCCGAGUUCUUUCAAUGUUGUCAGGCAGCUAUCGCCCUCGCCAAGCGUGGGGAGAACAUUGACAGAUGCUUUAUUGGGGAAAGUGGCGGAGGCGCCGGACAAGGUCUAUACAGCAGUCAUCUGGCCGCCGUGUACAGACACAACCAUGCCUUCAUUGACCCGAACCUAUGGCAUAAUGAAGAUGAACUUCGAAAGCAGUUGGAGCAGUUUUCUUCUGCCUGCAUUAUCACUGCACAAGAGAAGCCAGAGAGCAAUCGUCCCUUUCGAGAAGAUCUCUACAAAAAGAUGGUGAGCGCAGAUGACCUGGCUGCACGCAAGCCAUAUGGUUACGUCACACGAAUGUUGCGGGUAGUUGGCUGGAAGCGCAUCGAGACGAAUGAUCUCAUGACAUUCAAGAAUAUCUCCGAGGCGAAUUUCAACUCCAUAUUCAGAAGAAGCUUGGUUUGGAUUCCACUAGCAGUCUUCGUCGAUGCCGAUUACUUGGAGAAAGAAUACCCCGACGCUCACAAGGAUGGCAUCUUCCCGAAGGAUCCUACCCUGCGUGCUUUCCUAGAAAGCGGUCCAGCCAUCGCUGCUUCUUUACAGCACCAGCUUGGGUUUGAACUCACGCAGUCUCGAGAGAAUUGUAGACGACUCAUCGAGACAUAUGCACAGGCAGGUCUGACAGAACAGAAGAUCAGGAAAGCUUGCGGACUUCCUGAGAGAGCUGCAUCGGAAAAGCCUGCUGCGCUGGCCCAGGCAGAGAUCGCAGCGACAAGCCGCGCCGAGUUAGACGACGACCUUGACUCAGAUCUGCGUAAGGCAGUGGACUCCAUGGUGACAGUCGCCAUGGAGAAUCGGAACCCCAAAAUGCUCAUCAGCAAAUUUUCCCUGGCAUGGUGGACGCGAUAUGGCGCAGGAAAGGCAGCCGUAUCCACCGACAAAGCGCAGAAUGUAUGGAAAGAGUUGCAAGACAAGCGUUUCAUCAUGGAAAUCAAGAGCCUGAGCGGAUACAGCAAAGAAGGUGGCCAAUUCAUCCCCAGAAUCUUUGUCAAGGAGGCUCUCGUGAAGCUUGGAGAUCUUGUAGUUCCGUCGGAAGCAACAUCGCUGACGGAGUGUUUGGAGGCAGCAACUUUCUACGAAGCCUUAUGUAGUGCAGCUACACGCGAAGCCAACGUGGAGGUUCUGUCGCAGGCCUACAAUACCUUCUUGCUGCGACUGACAAAAAAGAAAGGAAAAAAAUCCCUUGAGGAAACGAUUGCCAUCGCCGCUUGGAGUGAGCGACAGCAGAAGCUGCGAGACGAGGAGGAUUCGGCAAUUGCGCUGCUGGAGCACUUGGAGGGUCUGGCUGGUCUCACCGUGCGGUCGCAGAGUUGCAACGCUGCAAAACGCAGGCGAAAGAAGGGUCCAUCGACUCCAACGGCUUCGUCCUCGGCCAAGGACUCGAGGGCAGCAGCCUCGCAUGAUGCAACUGACAGGAACCCUUUCCAUGAGAUGCGAGAAAUUUCCAUGCAAGUCAGUUACGAGACGAAACUUGGCCAACUUCUACGAACCAGGAAGUACGCCUGCGGAUUUGCAACGCAGAAGGUGUCCAGUCUUUGGCAAAAGUGGGUCGUUCCAGACACCGUGGAUCUGGACAUUGAGAACUGCUGUUUCGUGCUGAUGCUACAGAUAAUGGACCGCUUAUCUCCGACGCACCCAAGUUGGAAGAGCGUUCGUUGCACCCUCGAGCAGUGUGCGAAGGAACGGAAUGCCAUCAUUGCAGAGCAACUCAAGAUGUGUCAGAAGGACGGGAAGAGUCUAAUGAUCAAGGUAUUCAAUGGCGGGACUCCGCCGCCUUCGUUAGUUGGGAACGAGUUCCUCUUCAAAUUACAGAAGGCUUCGCUGUUCUGUCGAUGGACAGCCGUGACCUUGUUGCCGGAGGUGUAUGAAAGAUGCAUGCAAGAUCAAUCAAGAGAACAUCCUGAUGCGUCGUGCUUGUUCUAUUUGUGGAGCGCAGUGGAAGAUAUUGUUCUGGAUGCUUGGACAAAUUUUGUUCUCCGGCAAAAGCCGAAGCACAUCAGCCUUCACUUUGAUGGUAUCAGGGUGUCAAGAGCUGUCGUGGGGGAGGAUGUAGAAGGCUUCUGCAGAGUCUGCACUGCCCAUAUUCAAGAGAUAACUGGGUACAAAGUUGAGAUCAGACCCAAGAGCAACCCUGAUCUCUUGCAAGACUUGCGUUUGUCAAGCAGAAGCCGAACGUUGCGAGGCCUCCUGCCCGCUCCACUUCAGCAAGAUGGCAACUGCAUACCAGCCGCACUGCAUAAUCUUGGCUUCGUAGCGGAGGUCAAUGCUUUUCUCGAGGACAAGGAAAGUGAAGAGACUCUUUACUUCAGUCGACGAAAACACCGUACUUAUGCUCAGGUACAGAAAGGCACUGGAGUUCACAUGACUCCUGUCAUCCUGCCACUGGACACGAGCUCUGCAGAGAUCGAAGGCAAGUAUGUUGUGCACUGCUCAAAACAAGGUCGUCCUCAUGCCAUCGCACUAGAUGCCGGAUCUAACACAGAGUGGGUCGUGGCAGAUGGCAAUGCCGAAUUCAUUCUGGACAGGGCAUCUUUUCUAAAGGCUGUGUCAAGCGCGUGCGACAAGCGACACAUCAUGCUUUUCAAAGUAACAGCCUCGCUGCCGCCGAAGGAUGAGCAUCCCAAAUUCACACUCAAUGAAACAGAGCGUGAGAGAUUCUUGGACCUUCAAGCCGCCGCUGGUGAGGAUUUCAUUGUGGAGCUGGACAUGUUCCCUGAAGAUGCUGAGGAUGAGCGCCAGCAUGAUGAGCCAGUUGGCCAGGAUGAUGCUGAAAGUCAGGAACAGGAGGAAGAUGAGAGUGUUACGACGGUGGGUGAUAUACUUCUGCAGAAUCUGAAGAAAGAAGUAGAAAGCCUUUUGAAGCAACAAACACAACUUCGGCAAGGUGCAGAUGGCCGUGUUCGGUGUCCCUUGUGUCCUUUUCGCAGCUGGUCGUGGCACAACCGUUGCAGGGUCAAGAAACAUGUUCGCGAGUAUCAUUCUGCCAGGAAGCAGUAUUGUGCUAGUGGUACGAAGCAGCUGAAGAUAGUCAUCGCUCUUCAUGAUCAAGACAUGUUGCAGGGCACGACGACUACAUGUGCGUAUUUGCGUCGAAGCGCAGAAGUUCUACGCAGUACCAUAGUUCCCUCUCUUUCAAUUAACAACAACGAUAUCGACCGCUACAUCCGGCUGGUUUACACUGGCAAUGGUCCAGAGUAUUGGAAUUUAAAAACAACCGUGGAUUCGCCGAUACGCCGGGUCAGAAAUCUGUACUACGACAGGUCUUUUGCCGAAGCGAUUUAUCGGUACAUGCUAGUGAACAAUGCCAAGGUUUACGGUCUUGCGAAUGCCUUCCACGUCUCCGUUGCGAACGACUUAUCGAGCCUUCUUCCUAGUCAUGCCAAGGAUUGGUGGCCCAUGAUCGAAGACGUUUUCAAUUCGCCACAGAUCAGAGACUUGCGGCAAAAUCUGCUUCAAGAAUGCAUUGCGAGUGAGGAGUUCCAAUGCAUCAGCAUUGACGCGACAAUGCGCUGCUGCCUUCCCAUCAUGGGGCAGGCACGCAUCAAAAGCUCUGCGGAGGAGCGUGCAGAGGCUGCCUUCACAGAGAACUUGUCGCUGCGUAGGGUUUUCACUGUUCGCGGUCGAACAAGUGCAGUGCUGUUGAUGAGGGCCGCCAGAUCGGAGGAUGCCGAAACAGCAUGUCGGCUGCUAGCCGAAGAGUUUCCAGCAUCUGCGCUGCAGCAAGUUGCUUUCGUUGCAGCGGACAACCCGUCGCGCAAGCUCUAUUCUGAGCUGAAGAGAAUUUGCCCAAACUUGCAGGGCAUGUCACUCGACACGGUGCACUUGGCUAUGGCCUGGGAAUACUCUACUUCACGCAAGCGAAGUAAGGGGUCCGCAGCUCUCCGCAGACUACUCAGCAAGUUUGCGGCAGUCGACACCAAGUGCAGCGCCAGAUCAUUAGGGAGAUGCUAUGACGGUGGGUUCUGUCAGCCGCUGAAUGCUGAAGAGGAACGCCUCAGACGACAGCUGGAGGAUAGAACCAUGAAGGAAGGUGUGGCCCAGCGAAUUCUGGACGAAAUCAAGCUUGAUGAGCCAUUUUAUACUCGUGUGGAGUGGAUUCGGGCUAUAGCGGCUCUCACGAACGUCUAUAAGGACGAAGUCCGCAAGGUCUCUCCUGGACCAAAUCGUCGCGUCUGGGAGCUAUUGCAUUCUGCAACCGCUCCAGAGAGAGCCGAGUGGUACAUGAAUAAUGUACGGAUUCGCCAUGCUCUCUCUGCUCAGCGGCUGCGAUUGCUACCCAGCGGAACGACAUCAAACGAAGCACUUCACUACGAAAUCAACCGAUGCUUCAAAGAGACCCAGAAACUGCACCAAGUGAGCUUGCAGCAAAAGCUUGAAAUCUUGCAGCUGGGCAAGCUCUUGUCACAUAACAGAGCUUUGUACCAUCACACAACGAAGCAGGUACAGCAUGGGGAGGUGCUUGCUCGGGCAACUCGCCAGUCGAUAUGGUCUUCGCAAGACUGGAGUAUCUGGUGUGCAGAGUUGGUCGAUGGUUCGGGUCCCAAAAUGAAGGCUGAGCUCCCCAAGGAAGAUGCAAGGGCGCGGCAAAGAGCUGCAGUGCGUGACAGUGUGAAAAGGAAGCCUGCAGCCUCCUGUCGGCAAAGCAAAGCGACGACGAGGCGUACGGCCUUCACACUGUCUAGGAAGGAUUCCUUAGUUCGCGGCGGCAAAAAGAGUCGCUGCGGCUAG